UUCUCUCCGGCAGGCGACAGUAUGACGUCAUCAAUUUCUAAAUGCUGUGUCCGGAAACGCCCUUUUAAUUUAAAAGUGUUUCUAAAGAAAUACUUUUGCGAAGGUCAGCAUUUGCUUCCAGCCCAAGAGGAGGCUCAAAGGAAUCUCCCUCCGGACGCCGUGUGGUACAAAAUCUUUAUGGUACGGUACAGACGCAUCGUUGCGUUUGCCAUCCCAGUCACCAUCAUCAUGUUUGCGUGGCUGUCUAUUAUGAUCAGAUACAACUUUUGGGGCCUUUUCACAGAUAAAUACUUCAUGACCAUAACCAUGGUAUUGGGCUCUUUAGUUGCAGGAAUGACCAGUGAGGCUGGAGGCGCCGUGGCCUUCCCUGUGAUGACCCUGGCGUUUAAAAUCUCUCCUAUCGUUGCCAGAGACUUCUCCAUGGCCAUCCAGUCUGUUGGACUCCCGGCAGCAGCAUUCACCAUCAUCUACAUGCAAAUCCACUUGGAAUGGCACGCCAUACUUUUCUCCUCUCUAGGGGGCGCUGUAGGAAUCAUUAUUGGCCUGGAAUACGUGAGCCCGCUAUUGACCCCACCUCAGAAAAAGUUGGGAUUUGUCUGCAUCUGGUUCACGUUUGCCUUCGCUCUAUUUUUCCUUAAUAUAAACCACAAGCGACGUACUUUUCUUAAGAUACCAAUGUUUAACUGGUGGAAAGCCUUGGUGUUGGUUCUGACAGGCUUUGCUGGUGGAAUGUUUACGUCGUUUGCCGGAAGUGGAUUGGAUAUCUGCAGCUUCAGUAUCCUCACUCUUCUGUUCCGCGUCAGCGAGAAAACUGCCACGCCCACCUCCAUCGUCCUGAUGGCGGGAAACACUGUGGUUGGACUGUUUUGGAGGGCUGUCAUCAUCGGAGGCGUGUCCACUGAUUGCUGGGAAUAUGUGGCCGUCACAGUACCUGUUGUCAUCGUCGGCGCACCGUUCGGGUCGGUGAUUGGCAGUCACUUCCACCGCCUUGUCCUUGCUGCCUUGAUCUACGUGUUGGAUACCGUGGCUCUGGUGGCUGCCUUCGCUAUUGUGCGACCUUUAACCACCGAACUGAUCCUCAUCUCUGUUGGGAUUGUUAUAUUUGGUGCCGUUUUCUUUGCUUCAGUUACCAAAAUCGGCGGGCUGAUAUUAGAGCGAUUUGAGGCAUCGAAUGCAUUUCGUGAAAAUUCUGGGAUGAAAGAAAAUAGCACAGAUAUUUCGACACCAAUAGAAGAAAAUGCCAAAGCCGAAAUAGAAAUAUUUCAUACAGAUAUUAGUAAGUCUUUAAAAGCGGGCGUGCAAAGGGAAACAAAUACAGGGAGUGCAUACAAAGAGGAAAACACGAAAUUGUGAACUUGAAUUUCCUGUCAUGCUAAAAGUGAAAGUUCUACAGGUGAAUGACUAAAAGAUGGACAUAAAGGCUUAGAAAAAGAGAGGAGACAUUCAGCAAAAACUGACAGUUUGAUGCACGAAGUAGUCGAAAUGUUCAGAAAAAUAGCGGACAUAAUAUUUGGCCCCAACUUCUAUCAAAAUUCAUCUCACAAACACACACACACACACACACACACACACACACACACGCAUAA